UCAGUUUAACUAUUGAAGUGCUUCAAAUGUAGCAGUUUAAUUUCCUCCUACAUCCUCUUUAAACACAGUCUAUGUUGCAUCACAUCGGGGUCAUCGUACAUUUUCGCCGAUAAGGGUUUUACUUUGAGGUAUGACGGGACAUUCAGAUUGUUCUUACCGUGCAGUCUUUACACUAUUAUAAGGCACAUAUACACAAAAAGGCAUGCAGCCGGACAACGAUGAAGAGGAGAGCUGCAGUAUAUACCCAAGCCUGGCUCCACUCAGCAGUGAGAUUAAGGCCAGGAUGAAGCAGUUUGUGGAAGAAAGGACGGAAGUCAAUAUGUGGUUGGCUGUGCUGAUCGGAGCUGUGACAGUGAUUUCAGUGGUUGGAGUUGUUGUGUUCCUACUUUACAGAAGAUACAAACGGUCAAAGGAGCAGGCCGGUGUUCGUCAUUAUCGUUUCAGGAAGAGAGACAAGGUGAUGUUCUAUGGCCGGAAGAUCAUGAGAAAGGUUCAAACAUUGUCCUCAGUUCCUGCAUCAAACUCAAACUCAGCCUCCCGGCAGAGAUUGAGGAAGAGGACCAAAGUCCUGUCUAUAGCUCGCAAAAUCCUGCGUAUUCGGAGGGAGCCCCCCACCCUGCAGCCCAAGGAGCCCCCUCCCAGUCUGCUGGAGGCUGACCUGACUGAGUUUGAUGUGCAGAACUCCCAUCUCCCCUCUGAGGUGCUGUACAUGCUGAAAAAUGUCAGGGUGCUCGGCCACUUCGAGAAGCCUCUCUUCCUGGAGCUGUGUCGUCACAUGGUGCUGAUUCAGCUGCACCAGGGAGAGGCACUCUUCCGACCAGGUGACACUGAUGACAGUAUUUACGUGGUUCAAGAUGGCCGCCUGGAGCUGUGCAUCCAUGAGAGUGACGGUACAGAUGCAGUGGUGAAGGAAGUUUUGCCAGGAGACAGCGUUCACAGUCUGCUCAGUAUCCUGGACAUAAUUACUGGCUAUCCGGCACCUUACAAGACGGUGUCAGCGAGAGCUGCAAUUCCCUCCACUGUUCUGCGUCUUCCAGCUGCAGCCUUCCAGUCAGUCUUUGAGAAAUAUCCUGAAACCCUGGUUCGAGUCAUUCAGAUAAUCAUGGUGCGUCUUCAGAGAGUGACCUUCCUUGCCUUACACAACUACCUUGGCCUGACUACUGAGCUCUUCAACCCGGAGAGCCAAGCCAUUUCCUUGGUGUCAGUGGCUCAUGUUCUGGGUGAAGCUCAUUCAAACAGAGGCUUCCGCAGGCAGCCUUCACACUCUGAUGAUCUGGCCUCAGAAAAAGCAGACACAGAAAAGUCCAGCCUCUCUGACAUGUCCUCAUCAAAAUACAAGAAAUCUCGUUCUCUCUCCACCCCAAUGGCUGUUACAGGUGAAAUGUCAGCUGACCUCAACAGAGUUUAUGAACGGGCUGGACUUGCCAAAGAGGAGAUGAUGCCGCACAGUCCUAUGAAGUCUAUUCUAAAGAAGAGUGUCACAAUGCAGCACACUCCAUCCGCUGUUUACCAGUACAGCGAUGCUGGAGCAAACGCCCACCACAAUAAAGUCAAUGCCAUUUUCCAAGCUGCAAAAAAGGAUCUGCUGCAGGUCAUCCAAAUACAGGACCACAGUCUGCUGGAGGGACGGGUGACUCUCCGCCAGGUCAAAGCUGGCACUGUUGUGGCCCAUCAAGGAGACCAGGAUGUGAGCGUGGGCUUUGUCAUCUCAGGUGCGCUCCACGUUUACCAGCGUAUGAUUGACCGCGAGGACGAGACCCUUCUGUUUGUCACCCACCCAGGCGAGAUGGUGGGUCACUUGGCCGUUCUCACGGGGGAGCCCCUCAUCUUCACCGUCCGAGCUCACAGAGACUGCACCUUCCUCUCCAUAUCCAAGGCUCACUUCUAUGAGAUGAUGCGUGAGGAGCCGAGGGUGGUGCUGAACGUGGCUCACACUGUGGUGAAGAGGGUGUCACCGUUUGUCAGACAGAUCGACUUUGCCCUGGACUGGAUGGCUGUGGAGGCCGGCCGUGCUGUCUACAGGCAGGGAGACAAGUCAGACAGCACCUUCAUAGUCCUCAGCGGCCGACUGCGCUCUGUCAUUGCAAAGGAUGAUGGGAAGAAGGAGCUGGCUGGAGAGUAUGGCCGCGGGGACUUAAUUGGUGUGGUUGAGGCUGUGACACACAUGAACCGAGCCACCACGGUCCACGCUGUCAGAGACUCCGAGCUGGCCAAGCUUCCUGAAGGAGCUCUGAACUCCAUCAAGAGGAGGUAUCCUCAAGUCGUCACUCGGCUGAUUCAUCUGCUGGGACAGAAGAUAUUGGGCAACAUGCAGCAGAUCAACGGACCUCUGGCCGCUCGGAGUCUGGCUCUCACCACCCCCACCAGUAAAUGGGACGCUGGAAAUCCAGCUUCCAACCUGUCCACUGUGGCCAUCCUGCCAGUGUCUGAGGAGGUUCCUCUCACUUCCUUCACUCUGGAGCUGCAGCAUGCACUCAGUGGCAUUGGUCCCACUCAACUCCUGACGAGUGACAUCAUCAAACAGCGACUAGGUUCUGCUGCUCUGGACAGUGUCCACGAGUACCGUCUGUCCAGUUGGCUCGGGCAGCAGGAAGACAUCCAUCGCAUUGUCCUCUACCAGUCCGACUCUAGCCUCACACCUUGGACCCAGCGCUGCAUCCGGCAGGCUGACUGCAUCAUCAUUGUGGGACUGGGAGAACAGGAGCCCGCUUUGGGCGAGUUGGAGCGGAUGUUGGAGGGCAGUGCGGUUCGGGCUCAGAAGCAGCUGGUGUUACUGCACAGGGAGGACGGCCCACCACCCAAAGGGACGGCCGAGUGGCUAAACAUGCGGAGCUGGAUCUCCAGACACCAUCACCUGUCCUGCCCCCGCAGGGUCUUCUCCAGGAGGAGUUUACCCAAGCUGAGAGAGCUGUACCAGCGUGUGUUUGAAAAAUCUCCAGAUCGUCAUUCUGACUUCUCCCGCCUGGCCAGGAUCCUGACAGGAAACACCAUCGCCCUCGUACUUGGUGGAGGGGGUGCCAGGGGCUGCUCUCAGGUCGGCAUCCUGCGGGCGCUGAUCGAGGCGGGGAUCCCUAUCGACAUGGUGGGGGGAACCUCCAUCGGGUCCUUCAUGGGAGCGCUGUACGCUGAGGAGAAAAGCUACAGUCGGAUGAGGGUCCGGGCUCGUGAAUGGGCCAUGGAUAUGACCUCCUACUUUAAGAAGCUAUUGGAUCUGACGUACCCGGUCACCUCCAUGUUUUCUGGAGCUUCCUUUAACUCCAGCAUCAGUUCUGUCUUCAAGGACAAACAGAUAGAGGACCUGUGGCUGCCGUACUUCAACAUUACAACAGAUAUCACAGCCUCCUCCAUGAGAGUUCACACUGACGGCUCGUUGUGGCGGUACGUCAGGGCCAGUAUGUCACUGUCUGGUUACCUGCCCCCCCUCUGUGAUCCUAAAGAUGGACAUCUACUCAUGGACGGAGGCUACAUCAACAACCUGCCCGCUGACGUGGCUCGCUCCAUGGGGGCCAAGGUUGUGAUUGCAAUUGAUGUUGGGAGUCGGGAUGAGACCAACCUGACCAACUACGGCGACUCCCUGAACGGAUGGUGGCUGCUGUGGAAGCGAUUCAACCCACUGGCUGAGAGAGUCAAGGUCCUGAACAUGGCAGAGAUCCAAACUCGGCUCGCAUACGUCUGCUGCGUGCGGCAGCUGGAACUGGUCAAAGACAGUGAAUACUGUGAGUACAUUCGACCGCCCAUCGACCACUACGGCACACUAGAGUUUGGCAAGUUCGACGAGAUCACUGAGGUAGGAUACCACCACGGGAAAACACUGUUCGAUGUGUGGCAGCGCAGCAGGGUGGUGGACAGCAUGCUUAAAGACAGACAUCAGGAAGAGUUCCACAAAACCAAAACUGGCCAUGUGGUCACCUGUCCAAACGCCUCUUUCACCGACCUGGCGGAGAUUGUGUCGAGAAUAGAGCCUGUCAAGAACGCCUUAAUUGAAGAGGAGCUGUCUGAUGAAUACCAGACAGACUAUGACGAGGAGGCGGUGGAAAGCGCGAUGUCCGACUUUGAGGCGUUCACCCCCGGCAGUGAGCAGACAGAGGGAGAGGAGACGGCAGACACUGCUGAAACAGAUGAGGAGAUUCACAUCCGAGGUUGACCCUGGAUGAAGAAUACUCCACAUAAUCCUUGGCCACGACCUCCAUCAAAGCUACGCCGACCUGUCAGGGCUGCUAACCAUGGUCCAACACACACACACAUGUUGAUGCAGUAUGCCCAGUAACCUUUGAGAAAUGCACUGAGUUUGCAUUACAGACAUGUCGCAGCCGGGUAGCAUCAGUGACACGGACACUUCAGCAGAACACAAAACUGUUGAUGGAUGCGGUAAUUUGAUGUAAGCAUCAAACCUGCCAGUAAAAGGAAAUAGUUUUAAUUGGGUGAAGACCCUAAACGUGUCUUGUUGCUUCGUGGACUUUGAGUUUCAGUGAUUUAAACUUCUGCUUGUCGUGGACUUCCUGAGACAUCAGGCACCUGGGAGAUGUGGGGAAAAAAAUCAAACAGCUCCAUCAUUUCACACACUGAUGAAGCUGUAUGAUAGCCUUAGAUUGGUAACUUCACACAAGCAUGUCAUGCACAGAUGCACUACAAAAUGCACUACAGUCAUUCAGCAUAAAAAUUUCGUAAUAUGCUGGGUCACUUUUGUGGGCAGUUUUCUGUAUAGCUGGUUCCAGCCAUAAUAAGCUCAGAUUCAUAAAGCUCUAUAGUGCACUUCAUAAUGUUUACAAAUAAGUUCAAAACAUAAGUUAAUAUGUUUUUUGUGCCUACAGUGCGCUUCAAGUACAGUGUUACCCUCAUGUCUGUAUGAUGAUGAAAGGACCUCUCCUCUAUCUGCCUAUUGUAGGUUUGACAAGUGUAAUGUGAACGGUCACUAAUAAACUUUUCCUCAUAUCCAA